GUUAUAUCGUUCUUACUAUUGCCACUCUGGGGACCACAACUCCAGCACAGGAACCUUUGUGGAACAGGCUACAAACCAUAGCAGCAGUGGGUGACGAUUUGUCUUCCUGUGAAUGCACAGUCUACCAUGAAGCCCUGGAUUCUCGUCCUCACCGUGUCCGCCCAUGGCAUCCUGGUGUUUCUACAUGUUCUCGGAAGCCUCAAGGAUGACCUUGAAGAGAUAGACCAGUGCUGGGUACAGCCUCCGACAAGGUUUUGUGGGAAAAGGUGCACGAAGGUGCGGAAGUGUGUGAGUCCGAAUUACACGUGCUGCUGGACUUACUGUGGAAACAUCUGCUUGAACAAUGAAGAGCCCUUUAAAACACUGAUGAAAGUCUAGUUUCAAUGUGAUCCACUGCUGGUGUGGGUGGAAGGCUGCCUGCUGCCCUGGAGGGACGCUCGCUCCAGCUAAGGGCCUCUUUGUCCCUUCCUUGAUGUCUUCAUGCAGAGAAGUCUGAGCUUUUGCCAAAUAAAUGUAUUAUGUAUCAGCAUG